AUGUCACAAUUCGGGAGUUUAGAAGGAUUUCUAAAUUCGCUUACCCAGGUCGACUCCGAACGUACGGACGUGGUUACUGAUCACGGUGGGAAAGCGAGUGAUGAAGUCAAUCAUAGCCCAGCAGAAGAUGCUUCCAAUUCCAAAUCCAAACGGGAGUAUGGGUACACGGGGUCUUUACUUCCGAAACGCCCCAAAUUGGACUCGCCUUCAGUGCCCCCUAUUGGAUUUGUGGAUCUUCAGAAACUUGAGUAUGCAACCAAGACACUUCAGAAGAAUGUGAGACUUAUAGUCACAGAAUCUCCAGAUAUUGACAGCAUUGAAAAACUCCUCAACUCUUCGACUCUUGACUCUGGAGCUAAAGUCGAUUUGAAAAAUAAUAACUACAUUAAAGUGGCUUCGAGAUUGAAGUCGAAAUACAAGAUUGGAAAGUUACCCAUCUUUGAUGAAAUCACAGCUGGUGAUAUCAAAAUUUCAGACGAAGAAUUUGACAAAAUUGCACAAUUAAACGAUUGCAGCGAUUCCGAAGAGUCUCCUACCUAUUUGCCGGUAGAUUCAAGUUCCACUCAAGAAAAGCGAGUCUUCACUACUGGAAUAGAUAACAAGCAUCCACCGUUACCCUUUAUCAAGGACCAAACGUUGUAUGAGAGAGUAUUUGUUCACAAGUCUGUUGUCAAUGGCAAGACAUAUUUGGAUCAAAACGAUUUGAUCAACAGCCACAACGAGAGACUCGAAUUUCUAGGCGAUUCGGUCUUAAAUAACUUGGUGACCUUGAUCAUCUACGACAAGUUCCCAAGUGCCUCAGAAGGAAAGUUGACCAAAAUGAGGUCGCAGUUGAUAGAUAACCAUACAUUGACUCAGUUUUCCUUCGAAUACGGAUUUGACAAGAGAUUAAAAACAAAAACUGACGAGGAGAUCCUCAAAACUGGAGACCAGAAAGUGUAUGCAGAUAUCUUUGAAGCAUACAUUGGAGCCCUCUCUGUAGAAAGAGGAUUGGAUCUUCGGGAAAUCAAGGACUGGUUGGAAAAGUUGUAUGCACCAAAACUUGAAGCUUUCAAAGUUAAUUUCCUUCAAGAAUCUGUCAACAAGGAGGCAAAAUCCGAAUUGUACUCCAUCGUUGGAACUGCAUCAUCUCAUCCGCUAUAUGUAGUUGUAGAGGAAGGAAAUGGCUCCCAUGAUUUUGUCGUAGAAUGUAGAAUGGGAAAUGACGUUCUAGGCAGAGCAAAGGCUCCUUCUCAAAAGGAGGCUGGUUUGAGAGCCGCCAUGGAUGCCUUAAAAAAUCGCCAAUUGCUAGAAAAGUACUACAAGAUCAGAUUGGAAAUCGAUAGAAAAGACUCCGUCAAAUCGUCGAAGUCGAAGAGAUCAAGAGAAGAAGAUGAAGAUUCUGAUUAUUCAAUGAGGACUCCGACUCCUUCUUCUCCUAUCAAGACGAUUAUGUUUCCUCUUGUAGCGUCAGCUGACGCACCUAUUGAUAACAAUGCUAAAAAUAAGUUGUAUGCUGAAAUUGGUAAAAGAUUGGGAGAGGUUCCACAGUACAUAGUUUCCAGGGCCAAUAAUGAUAUAGCCGCUGUUUCUUUGAGUAUAAGAGGUCUAGUUGUUGCUACAGCUACAGAUAAAUCGAAGAAGAAGGCUAUGGCCAGAGCAGCCAUGGCAAUACUUGAAAACAGCUCUGCAUUGAAUGAGAUUUGUAAGGGAACCAUAUGA